AUGCAGACAGGAAGCUGCUGCGAUGAUAGUACAGGCAGUCUAGGUGGAGAUAGUGAAACAAAUACUACUGUCGCUAGUAGUCCUGGCUUUGAUCUUCCUGUGUCUAAGGGCUCACCAUUGUUACCAGAACCUCCUGAAGAUAUUAUUUUGUCUCAACGUGCAAUAUACGAUAAUUUAAGCUCAACGUCUGGAAAAGAAAUAAGCAAAAUGGAAAAUCCUAUCAGUUCCAGCUUGUCGAACACUACUACUAACAUCAUGAUUUGUGAAUCUUCAACACCUAAAUCUGUCAAAGCAGCUAAUUUCAUCCCUCCUAAUCCAUUUACUAAUCCACCAUCCUUUGAACCACCGAGUCUGCCUUAUUCUUAUUCUGAAAAUAUUGCAUCUGGUUUACCUGCCUACUCCCCACAGUUCACUCCAACCACUUGUACACCGUCUACAUUUCCUUCGCCUGGAUCUGCCUUCACAGAACUUCAUCCGAAAAUUGGAUCAUCUGGUAAAACUAGUUGUUUUGUUCAACCUACAGCAAUAACGUCGUCUAUGUCGCCUAAAUCAUUGAACAAGGAAAGUAUUCAGUCAAAUUAUCCAACUAGCAGUGCUCGAAAUGAAUUGUCGGAAUGUGUUCCUAAAACUACAGUUGCUGUAAAACAUUUAUGUCGUAUCUGCGGUCAGUCACAUGACCCAACCUCACCUCAUAUAUAUAAUUAUACACAAACUGUGGAUGCUGAUUUGUGCUGUACAUUAUGCUGUCAACCUUUGAUUGAUCCCCUUGAUACUAAAUGUGGUCAUACGUUCUGUUCACCGUGUUUAAAGAAUCAUUUAGCUGUUCAAGCUCUUUGUCCUGUGGAUAGACAAAUUAUCAAUUAUUUAGAAUGUCAACAAGCCUCGAAUAUUGUUAAACGAUUAUUAGAUAAAUUAUUAGUUGCUUGUCCUAAUUCACCUACCUGUGAUAGUAUAGUUUAUCGUUCAAAUCUUGAAGAACAUUUACGUGAUUGGUGUAUCAAGUUACAUCCACCGCGUGAACGGAUAAUACAAAGUGGUGGAGUGAAAUCAUCGCGUCCAGUUCAAAAUAAUCCAUCUAAAAAUGUAUUUUUGUCUACUUUCAUUGGAACUGAAUCACACGACUCAGGUAUGUUUCCACCAACAAUAUCUGAGUCAACAAGAUGCACAAGGAUAAUGGAUCCACAGGUCAUACAGCAGCACCAUCAGCAUCAGCAGCAACAACAACAACAGCAGCAGAGAAACAUGAAUUUUCACAGUCCACAUAGUGACUCCAGUUUUGGUAUUGUUUAUCCUAAUCAAUAUAUGAAAGAGUUUCCUCAUAGUAGUUUCGCAUCAGUUACACGGAGAGGGGCAGAUAAGAUAAUGAAAACAAACUAUCAGAACAGUUUACCGCAUAUUGAAGAUCAGUGUAAGUCUGAGUAUUUAUUAUCAAGCUUGCAGGACUGUGAAGUCUCCUGA